AUGGGGAAGUUCGAAGAUGAAGGGAACUUAGGGUCCAUACCGCCAACUCGGAAGCGAUCAGACUCUCUCACUUCACAAACAUCCACCGAUUCGGGCCUAUCGAUCGCCUCCGCAGCGUUCAUGGAGAAAUACAACGGAGGCAACACGAUAACGGGGGACGGGAACGGGGAGAGAUACCGAGAUAUAGAAGAUGGAGGGGAUACUGGGUUGGAUGAUCCUCUGAUACCCGAUAAAAAGACAGGAUCAUCAAAUCGCCUGCGCAAGAUCAUCUGGUCACUGGUGGUGCUCUGCGUCGGUGGCUGGGUCCUUGCCUUCGUGUUGUUCCUUACGCAGAAGCGGCCUGAUGCUGCGACGCUCUCGCACGUUUCAGCGGUGGAUAUUCACGAACCUACCCAUGAACCCGGCUUCUCCACUGGGAACAAGACUUACGGAAACCCUGUCACUCUUGAGCAAGUCCUGACUGGUGCCUGGUAUGCGAAGUCCCACGAGAUCUCUUGGAUUGCUGGCCCCAACGGCGAGGAUGGUCUUCUCGUCGAGCGCGGCGAGAAGCAAGGUGCUUUCCUGCGAGUGAAGGACAUCCGUAGCCGUAAAGACGGCGUCGAGGACCAUAACAGCCGAGUAUUGAUGAAGCAGGGGUACAUGUGGUUUGAUGGCGCAGCCAUGGUUCCAGUCAAGACAUGGCCAAGUCCUGACUUGACCAAGGUCUUGGUUAUGACUGACAGCCAGUCCAACUGGAGACACUCGUUCUUUGGGAAAUAUUGGAUCUUUGAUGUGGCGACACAAAAGGCCGAGCCUUUGGAUCCUGGGAAUCUGAGUGGGCGUGUGCAGCUUGCGACUUGGUCGCCCACCUCCGAUGCGGUUGUAUUUGUUCGUGAGAACAACAUGUAUUUGCGUAAUCUGACCUCUUUGGAGGCUACCUCCAUCACCAAGGAUGGCGGUCAGAACCUCUUCUAUGGUGUUCCAGACUGGGUGUACGAGGAAGAAGUCUUUGCAGGCAACACUGGCACCUGGUGGUCAGGUGAUGGCAAGUUCGUCGCGUUCCUUCGAACGAACGAGUCAGCAGUUCCUGAAUAUCCUAUCCAGUACUUCCUUUCACGGCCAUCCGGCAAAGAGCCUCCGCCUGGACUGGAGAAGUACCCCGAAGUCAGGCAGAUCAAGUAUCCCAAACCCGGUAGCCCGAACCCAAUUGUCAACUUGCAAUUCUACGAUGUCGAGAAAAAUGAGGUUUUCUCAUUCGACAUGCCGGAAGACUUUGUUGACGAUGAAAGGAUCAUUAUUGAAAUUGUGUGGGCAUCCGAGGGUCAGGUUCUUGUUCGCGAGACCAACCGCGAGAGCGAUGUUGUGAAAAUCUUUGUGAUGGACGCAAAAGCCAGAACAGGCAAAUUGGUGCGAUCAGACGAUAUUGCAGCCCUCGACGGCGGUUGGGUCGAGCCUUCACAGUCGACUCGGGUUGUUCCUGCUGAUCCCAAAAAUGGCCGACCACACGAUGGCUAUAUUGACACCGUUAUUCAUGAAGGCUAUGACCAUCUGGCUUAUUUCACACCCUUUGACAACCCGGAGCCUGUUAUUCUGACCAAGGGCGACUGGGAAGUUGUCCAAGCACCUUCUGCUGUGGACCUGAAGAAAGGUUUGGUAUACUUCGUUGCCACGAAGGAGGCCCCGACUCAGCGUCACGUAUACUCGGUCAAUCUGAACGGAUCCAAUCUCCGACCACUGACGGAUACGUCUGCACCGGGCUUCUUCGACAUUUCAUUCUCUGAUGGCGCCGGCUAUGGGUUACUUAGCUAUAAAGGCCCAGAAGUCCCCUGGCAGGCCGUGAUCAAUACCCAAGGCGACGAAAUCGAGGUUAUCGAUCUCAUCGAGGAGAACCACAGACUCGUCAAAAUGGUCGAAGAAUUUGCUCUCCCAACAGAGGUAUAUACCAAUGUAACCAUUGAUGGUUACACGCUUCCAGUUUUGGAGCGCCGUCCUCCAAACUUCGAUCCCGCAAAGAAGUAUCCGGUGCUCUUUUACUUGUAUGCUGGGCCCGGAUCGCAAACUGUCGACCGCAAGUUCAAAAUUGACUUCCAAACCUAUGUCGCCUCGAGCCUGGGUUAUAUUGUCGUGACUGUGGAUGGUCGAGGAACUGGUUUCAUCGGGAGAAAAGCCCGGUGCAUUGUCCGUGGUAAUCUCGGCCAUUACGAGGCUUCAGAUCAGAUCGAAGCGGCUAAGAUUUGGGCUAGCAAGAGCUACGUGGAUGAGACUCGUAUGGCAGUCUGGGGCUGGAGUUAUGGCGGCUACAUGACCUUGAAGGUCCUCGAACAAGACGCAGGCGAGACAUUCCAGUACGGCAUGGCUGUGGCACCGGUCACUGACUGGAGGUUCUAUGAUUCUAUCUACACAGAACGCUAUAUGCACACACCCGAGCACAACCCUAUUGGUUAUGAAAAUUCGUCAAUUAGCGAUGUUAAGGCCUUGAGUCAGAAUGUUCGGUUCUUGAUCAUGCACGGCGUUGCCGAUGACAAUGUUCAUCUCCAAAACACCCUCGUCUUGAUUGACAAGCUGGAUUUGGCGAAUGUCGACAACUACGACAUGCAGGUCUUCCCUGACUCAGAUCACGGUAUACAGUUCCACAACGCAAAUACGGUUGUUUAUGAACGUCUCUCGAGCUGGCUCAUCAAUGCGUUCAAUGGUGAAUGGCAUCGCAUCGCGAGCCCGACACCACAGGGGCUGUCGACAUGA